CAGUCACCUCCUCCUCCACUUCGCCCCCUUUUCUUUUUUUUCCCUUCCAAGCCCAAAAGCAAAAAGAAAUUUUUUUUUUUUUAAUAAAAGAACACGAAAAUCACGCACAAAAUUCAGAUUCCAGAAACUCAGAAAUCCCAACUGCUUUUGUUCUACCUCUAAAUUUAGUGGAUCUGCUGCUAAAUUUGGAGUGGCACGAAUUAAUUAGGGUUUUUCUGUGAGAGAAAGUUUGCAUAGUUCACUAAAUCUCUCAAGAUGAUGAUCUCUAGGGGAUUGUUUGGAUGGUCCCCACCUCAUAUACAGCCGUUGACGCCUGUUUCUGAGGUUUCUGAGCCUCCGGAAUCGCCAUCUCCUUACCUGGAUACCUCUGCUGAAGCGGCUGCCGCUGCUGCUGCCGCUGCUCAGGCUGAGGCGGAGGAGGAGAUGGAGGAGCCUGAAGAUUUGGAUCCUCCUCCUGCUGCUGUUCCUUUCUCGCGUUUGUUCGCUUGUGCUGAUCGACUUGACUGGUGUCUCAUGAUCGUUGGCUCGCUUGCUGCUGCUGCGCAUGGUACUGCGCUUGUUGUGUACUUGCACUAUUUUGCGAAGAUUGUUCAGGUUAUGGGGAUUCCUCCUGAUAGACCUGAGGAUCGAUUUGACAGGUUCAAAGAUCUAUCUUUAACCAUUGUCUAUAUAGCUGUGGGUGUUUUUGCAGCUGGUUGGAUUGAGGUAUCGUGCUGGAUUUUAACUGGGGAGCGUCAGACAGCUGUCAUAAGGUCUAACUAUGUUCAAGUAUUACUUAAUCAGGACAUGAGCUUUUUUGACACCUAUGGGAACAAUGGGGACAUUGUAAGCCAAGUAUUGAGUGAUGUGCUGCUCAUUCAGUCUGCUCUUAGUGAGAAGGUCGGAAACUAUAUUCAUAACAUGGCAACAUUUUUUAGUGGUCUUGUCAUUGGAUUUAUCAACUGCUGGCAGAUUGCCCUUAUAACAUUAGCCACUGGUCCAUUCAUUGUUGCUGCUGGAGGUGUAUCAAAUAUAUUUCUGCACAGGCUUGCCGAGAGUAUUCAAGAUGCAUAUGCAGAAGCCGCUAGCGUUGCUGAACAGGCAGUCUCAUAUAUUAGGACCUUAUAUGCAUUUACAAAUGAAACAUUGGCCAAGUAUUCUUAUGCAACCUCACUACAAGCGACUCUGAGAUAUGGUAUUUUGAUUAGCCUCGUGCAAGGACUUGGGCUUGGGUUUACUUAUGGGCUUGCAAUAUGUUCUUGUGCCUUACAACUAUGGGUAGGAAGGUUCCUGGUUACACAUAACAAAGCUCAUGGUGGUGAAAUUAUAACAGCCUUGUUUGCUGUAAUUUUAAGUGGCCUUGGGCUGAAUCAAGCAGCAACAAACUUCUAUUCAUUUGACCAAGGACGAAUUGCUGCUUAUAGACUUUAUGAGAUGAUAAGCCGAUCUUCCUCCACAGUUAAUCAAGAUGGAAACACCCUAGUGUCAGUGCUAGGAAAUAUCGAGUUUCGGAAUGUAUAUUUUAGCUAUCUCUCUCGUCCUGAGAUCCCUAUCUUGAGUGGAUUUUACCUUACUGUACCUGCUAAAAAAGCUGUGGCACUUGUUGGCAGAAAUGGCUCCGGAAAAAGUAGCAUCAUCCCUCUCAUGGAGCGGUUUUAUGAUCCUACCUUAGGAGAAGUUCUUUUAGAUGGAGAGAAUAUUAAAAACCUAAAGCUGGAAUGGCUCAGAAGCCUAAUAGGACUAGUCACUCAGGAACCUGCCUUGCUGAGUUUGAGCAUAAAGGAUAAUAUCGCAUACGGACGAGAUGCUACUUUGGAUCAGAUUGAAGAAGCUGCCAAAAUAGCACAUGCACAUACAUUUAUUAGCUCGCUUGAAAGGGGCUAUGAGACACAGGUAGGUAGAGCUGGUUUAGCAUUGACGGAGGAACAGAAAAUUAAACUUUCUAUUGCUAGAGCAGUGCUUUUGAAUCCAACAAUUCUUCUGCUUGAUGAGGUGACUGGUGGACUUGAUUUUGAAGCUGAGAGAACGGUGCAGGAGGCUUUAGAUCUCCUCAUGUUGGGACGUUCAACCAUAAUAAUAGCUCGGCGACUUAGUCUUAUUAGGAAUGCUGAUUACAUAGCUGUAAUGGAGGAAGGUCAGCUUGUUGAAAUGGGUACACAUGAUGAACUAUUAAACCUGGAUGGUCUAUAUGCAGAGCUUCUCAAAUGUGAAGAAGCUGCAAAACUACCAAGGAGGUAUAACCCUGCGAACAAAGUUUUUACCACAACAAAAUUUCACGUGAUGCCAGCUAGAAACUACAAUGAAACUAAUGCUUUCCAAAUUGAAAAGGAUUCUUCUGCCAGUCACAGCUUCCAAGAACCAUCGUCUCCUAAAAUGAUGAAAUCACCGUCUCUUCAGAGGGUUCCAGGUGUAUUACGGCCUCCGGAUGGCACCUUCAACUCACAAGAAUCACCUAAAGCUCUGAGUCCACCACCAGAGAAAAUGAUGGAAAAUGGUCUUCCACUGGAUGGAGCUGAUAAGGAACCAUCAAUAAGAAGACAGGAUAGUUUUGAAAUGCGACUACCAGAGUUACCCAAGAUUGACAUUCAGUCAGCAAAUCGACAAACAUCAAAUGGGUCAGAUCCUGAGUCACCUGUAUCACCCCUUUUGACAUCUGAUCCCAAAAAUGAACGUUCCCACUCGCAGACUUUUAGUCGGCCUCAUAGUCACUCUGAUGAUAUUCCAACUAAAUUUAAGGAUGGAAAGGAUACAAAGCAUCGGGAAGCACCAUCUUUCUGGAGACUGGCAGAACUUAGCUUUGCAGAGUGGCUUUAUGCUGUUUUAGGAAGCAUUGGUGCUGCUAUCUUUGGUUCUUUUAAUCCACUUCUUGCUUAUGUUAUUGCGCUGAUAGUGACUGCUUAUUAUAGGCCUGAACGUCAUCACUUGCAGCAGGAUGUAGACAAGUGGUGCUUGAUCAUUGCCUGCAUGGGUGUGGUGACAGUUGUUGCAAAUUUUUUGCAGCACUUCUAUUUUGGUAUUAUGGGUGAAAAAAUGACUGAGCGAGUCCGGAGAAUGAUGUUUUCAGCAAUGCUGCGCAAUGAAGUUGGAUGGUUUGAUGAAGAGGAGAAUAGUGCCGACACAUUAUCCAUGCGGUUGGCUAAUGAUGCUACAUUUGUGCGAGCAGCUUUUAGCAACCGGCUUUCAAUAUUUAUACAGGACAGUGCUGCUGUUGUUGUUGCUGUUGUCAUUGGAAUGCUGCUUCAAUGGCGAUUGGCUCUCGUGGCAUUGGCAACCUUGCCCAUUCUCAUGGUUUCUGCAAUUGCACAGAAGUUGUGGCUUGCUGGAUUUUCGAGGGGAAUCCAGGAGAUGCAUAGGAAGGCAUCAUUGGUCCUUGAGGAUGCUGUUAGAAACAUUUACACUGUCGUAGCAUUCUGUGCUGGUAACAAAGUAAUGGAGCUCUACAUAUUGCAACUGACGAAAAUAUUCAAUCAGAGUUUUUUACAUGGAAUGGCCAUUGGUUUUGCAUUUGGCUUUUCACAGUUUCUUCUGUUUGCUUGUAAUGCCCUUCUUCUCUGGUACACUGCAUACUCUGUAAAGAAUGGCUAUAUGGAUAUGCCUACAGCCAUCAAAGAGUAUAUGGUCUUCUCAUUUGCAACAUUUGCACUAGUUGAGCCUUUUGGUUUGGCUCCAUACAUUCUUAAACGGCGGAAAUCUCUCAUUUCAGUAUUUGAAAUUAUAGAUCGAGUGCCCAAGAUAGAUCCAGAUGAUAACUCAGCACUGAAGCCACCUAAUGUAUAUGGGAGCAUCGAAUUGAAGAAUGUUGAUUUCUGUUAUCCUACUCGCCCAGAAGUGUUGGUAUUGAGCAAUUUCAGUCUCAAAGUUAAUGGUGGACAAACAGUAGCAGUGGUAGGAGUUUCAGGCUCUGGAAAGAGCACUAUUAUCUCUUUAAUUGAGAGAUUUUAUGAUCCAGUUGCUGGUCAGGUUCUACUAGAUGGGCGAGAUUUGAAACUUUAUAAUUCGAGAUGGUUGAGAAGCCACCUAGGUCUGGUUCAGCAGGAACCAAUCAUCUUCUCAACGACCAUAAGAGAAAACAUUAUAUAUGCUAGGCACAAUGCUAGUGAAUCUGAGAUAAAAGAGGCUGCAAGAAUAGCAAAUGCUCAUCACUUCAUCAGCAGCCUGCCUCUUGGUUAUGACACGCAUGUGGGAAUGAGGGGUGUGGACCUGACACCGGGACAGAAGCAGAGAAUUGCAAUUGCUCGAGUGGUGCUGAAGAAUGCACCCAUCUUGUUAUUGGAUGAAGCUAGCUCGUCCAUUGAAUCUGAAUCUAGUAGAGUGGUGCAAGAGGCACUAGAUACACUAAUUAUGGGAAACAAAACAACCAUUCUGAUAGCUCAUAGAGCUGCAAUGAUGAGGCAUGUCGACAAUAUUGUUGUUCUAAAUGGAGGGCGAAUUGUUGAGGAAGGGACCCAUGAUUCUUUGAUGGCAAAGAAUGGCUUGUAUGUCAGGCUGAUGCAACCCCACUUUGGAAAGGGUUUACGACAGCAUCGACUUGUUUAAGUUGGGUUUGACAUUCAGGCUUAGUUCCUUUGUAUAGCUCUUAUUGGCCAUUUUUAAAUUGCUGGAAAUGUUGAUACUUUGCAUUACAGAAUACUUUGGAGUGAGCACGUUCCAGCGAAAAUGAUGAGGCUUGUAACAAUUUUUGUAUGGUUGGAUGGGUGGAUUUCAGUGGUGGCAGUGACGGACAGUUAUAGCUUUGUAGUGUAGGGGUUUAGAAAUAGAGAUUUUGGAGCUUGGUUGGCUAUUAAGGACAUGCUCUAAGGGCUAGAUGCAUAUUAUUUUUGGAGGCAAGGAUUAGGUUGUUGCCUUGUCUCCGCGGCGGUAUAUUGAUUUGUUCUUUAAUCAAAAAAUGGGUUGGAGGGGAGAUAAUUCUAGUCCUAAUGGGGUGUGCUUCUUGGGUUUUGUUUUGGUUUUUCUAGAUAUUCUUUUCUGGCUUUCUUAUGGAUUAAUGUGACUCUGACUAGCUUGGACGAUGAUGAAUGUGUUUCAUACUGUAAAUUUACAUUUGUGAAAAUGAAAGUAAGUUUAGAAGAGAAAAGAGGUGGAGGGUAUUUGUUGUAAUCUUCCUUUGUAAAUAACCACUUGGAUAAUUUAUCAUCAUUUUAACCUUUUCCGGCAUAAUUAACUAGUUCAAUUUUUGUCCCA